AUGGAAAGCGCAGAGAGUCGCACAAGAACAACUAACAGGAAAGAUUCUAUACCUAAUCAGCAUAUUUUUAUACACGCGCACCGAAUAGACCGGCAAGGAAGUCAUUAUACCGGACGAGCAUUGCACAAGAAAAAAGUGGCGUGUUACUGUGAUGAAAUACAGUAUGGGAGAACUGUAGAAAAAGUAGACGAAAGUUCCAGAGCAAAACGCGUGCAUUAUAUACCACAUCAUGGAGUUGAAAAGAAUUCCACAACAACGCCCAUACGAAUAGUCUAUGACUGUAGUUGCCGCCAAUCAGAAAGAAGUCCAAGUUUAAACGACUGCCUUGAAUCCACACCUCCAGAGCUGAAUGAUCUAACCACCCUUCUGUUAAGAUUUCGGCUUGGUAGAUAUGCAGUAUCAACUGACAUAGAGAAAGCCUUUCUACAUGUCGGUCUACACGAAGAUGAUAGAGAUGUUACCAGAUUUCUAUGGUUAUCUGACCCUACAGAUCCCAAAAGCCAGCUUGUGACAUACAGAUUUCGAGUUGUUCUUUUUGGAGCCACAUGUUCCCAAUUUAUUCUCAAUGCUACAUUACUAAAACACAUGACCCUGAAUGCAAGUAACCCUGCCGCUAAUAUAAUUACCAGAGACCUGUAUGUCGACAAUGUAAUUUCAAGUUUUCAACAAGAACAGGAUCUUCUUACCUAUUUCCGGUACGCACGUGCUCUCAUGUCCGAAGCACGAUUCAAUCUGCGAUCGUGGACUUCAAACUCCAGUAAAUUAUGUGAACUCGCAGUAGCUGAAAAAAGUCUGGACAAGGAUAAAGUUGUCAAGGUAUUAGGAAUGUUAUGGGACCCGGAUAAUGACGAGAUGUCGUUUGUACAGCGCACGAUAGUAAACUCUGAGAGAACAACCAAACGUUUUAUUCUCAAACAGACUUCAAAAUUAUAUGACCCCCUGGGAUUGCUUAGCCCAGUAACUGUACGCGCCAAAUUACUAGUUCAAGACCUAUGGAAGAAGAAAUUUGAUUGGGACACACCACUUCCCGGUUGA